AAUAAUUACACACUCUGCGUAUCUUCAAAAAGACGAUAGACAACGUGAUAAAAAAAAGAGUCGAAUCUUAAAACAUUUGUUAACAUUAAACUGUUGGUGUAACAUUUUGAUAUAACAAGUACUGAUUAUUAUUAUUACAAAAUAAAAUUAAAAAAUGCGAUUACAGCCUAAUAUUUCCAGUCUCUCCACGAGUCACGACGCUGUAAUGAUGUCUCUUUUAAAGUCUUUAUUACUUCUUCCUUACUACUACAGAGGCACAGAGCACAAACCCUUUAAUCAUUCUGAUUCAGUCACCAAAUCUCCUGUUCUGUUUUUCUGUCUCUCUGCUUCAGUCUUCUUCGCGGCCAAAACCACUUUUUCAGUUCUUUGACGAGCUUCUUUCAAGAACCUUUGGUCCUGACCUCAGGGUUAGAGCAGCAUUUGCAUACAUACAAGCAAUUUUGGUGACAAUUGGUAGACUCUGAGAUGGGUUCUGGGAAUUUGAUUAAGGCAAUAAUUAGAUUGAAGAAGAGUAAACAAGGAACCUUCAAGAGCGAGAAGAAAAAAACUAGUGCUGUGAAACCAAAAGGUUCCAAGAAGAAAGGUACUCAUUCUUCAUCACUAGUUACUCGAAGUGAGGAUUGGGCUGCGACACGGAUUCAGACUGCUUUUAAAGCCUAUAAGGCUAGAAAAAGCUUACGGCGUCUAAAAGGAAUUGCAAGAGCAAAGUUGUCAACUGAGAAACAUUCUGUGAAGAACCAAGCGGUGGUCACAUUGAGGUAUCUUCACUCAUGGAGUAAAAUACAGUCGGAGAUAAAGGCUCGCCGAGUUUGUAUGGUAACCGAAUGGCGACUGAAGAAUAAGAGAUUAGAGCAUCAGCAAAAGCUUGAAGCAAAGCUUCAUGAUGUUGAGGUUGAGUGGAAUGGUGGGUCAGAGACAAAAGAUGAAAUCUUGGAGAGGAUACUUCAAAGGGAAGAAGCUACGAUUAAGCGAGAAAGAGCCUUGGCAUAUGCUUUCUCUCAUCAGUGGAAAGCCGAUGGUAAGACUCAGUGGCUGGGAAGUUAUGAGUUGGGAAACACUAACUGGGGUUGGAGCUGGAAAGAGCGUUGGAUUUCUGCUCGGCCUUGGGAAGUAAGAUACUCAGUGACUCCUAAGAAACCAAAGAGCUCAAAGACAGUUUAUAGCAACUCAAAUUCACCGGCGAAGAGAACAGUGUCAUUAUUAUCAGUUCGAGCCAAAGCUCCAUUUCCUGGAGCUAGAAACACAGUGAAACCGCGGAGAUUGUCAUUUCCGGGCGCUUGAAGUGAAGUUAACUUUGUUCUGCGUCUAAAGAGUAUACAAGUACACUUGAAGAUUGAGGGGUAUAUUUAUUUGGUCUAUGUUCUGUCUCUGGUGUGAUGUAAAUACAUGUAUUUGUUAUGUAGGCAACGGCCUUGGUGAUUUUUCUGUUUGGUUAAUACAUCCUACUGUUUGUCUCUCAUAGUAACCCCAAGCAUAUUUAUAUUGUUUUAUGAAAAAGUCCCCCAA